CUCUCUUUUCACUUUGAGGCGUGCUAUGAAUUGUUCAGAUGGUGGAUCUACAUUGCCGGCACUCCAACCAUUGUCAUCACCGCACCGCUCACCAGUUAUAGAUCAGAUUGAAUCUAGCUCUAUAGUUCAGGAUCAAGAGAAUCAAGGUGGUGGAUCUACAUUACCAGCACUCCAACCAGUGUCAUCACCUCACCACUCACCAGUUAUAGAUCAGAUUGAAUCUAACUCUGCAGUUCAGGAUCAAGAGAAUCAAGAUGGUGGAUCUACAUUGCCGGCACUCCAACCAGUGUCAUCACCUCACCACUCACCAGUUAUAGGUCAGAUUGAAUCUAGCUCUGUAGUUCAGGAUCAAGAGAAUCAAGACGGUGGAUCUAUGUUACCUACACCCCAACCAACUUCACCACCUCACCACUCACCGGUUAUACAUCCGAUUGAAUCUAGCUCAGUAGUUGAGGAUAAGGAGAAUCAAGGUCAUGCUCCUACCUCCAAGAACCAUCAAGCAUAUGAGCUGAAGAAAUAUAGCUUUGAACAACUAGCAGCGGCAGCUGGUCAAUUCUCCAACAACUUUCUACUUGGCGAGGGUGCUUUUGGUCAAGUCUAUGAGGGAAAGCUACAUGGUAAAGUCGUAGCUAUCAAAAAACUUAAAAUUACACAGGAUGAACAGCAUGAAAAGCCCCAAAAAAAUUUGGAGGAGAUUGAGGUCCUUAGAAAUGUAGGUCAUCCUCAUAUUGUUAAGCUGGAUGGGUACUGCAAUGAAGAAGCUAAUAAAUUGCUUGUUUUAGAAUAUGUUCCCAAUAAGUCCUUGAAUUUUCAUUUACAUGUAGGAAAGGAGCUUUUGGAGUGGGAAAACAGAAUGAAAAUUGCAGUCGGCUCUGCUAAAGGGAUUCAAUAUCUACAUGAAGGCUGUGAUCCUAAAAUUAUACACCGAGAUAUCAAGUCUGCUAAUAUACUCAUUGACAAUGAAUUCCAGCCAAAGGUAGCAGAUUUCUCACUUGCCAUAUUUUUGCCUAUUUCUGAUGAUAUUACUCACAUCAGUAGUAGCAUGAUGAAGGGAACUAACGUUUAUGCAGAUCCAGAGCAUUCUCCUUCUCAAAAAGUUUCUGAGAAGUCAGAUAUUUAUUCUUUUGGUGUUGUACUUUUAGAACUCAUUACUGGGAAAAAGCCUUCUGCGAUAAAUUUUAACAUCAUUGAAUGGGUAAGAACUCAAAUUGAAUCAGCUUUGAGCAAGGGAAAAUAUGAAGAUCUUGUUGACUCCAAAUUAACAAGUUAUCCAGCAGAAAAAAUGAAACGCAUGAUUUAUUGUGCUAUAGCUUCUAUAUUUAAACCUUCAAAGUUUCGUCCAAAAAUGAAAGAGAUCAUUGAAGUUCUUGAAGGGAUUGUACCUCCAGAGCAGAUAUGGGAUUGGGAAGAUAAUAAAUUCUUACACAGCACUAAAAAAGAUAACCCUAAGGCUAACGGAUUUCAUCAUGAAGACCAUCUCCAGCAUAUGGUGCAGAAGCCUCUUGUCACUUUGGAAGCUAAUGAUGGCAUUAAGCCGAGGGAAUACACCUACCAAGAACGUACAGCGUCAGCUAAUGGUUCCUCCAUCAACAUUCGAGAAACUCCAUCUAAUGGCAUUGAGAACUUGCAAGAUUAUCAACCGAGGGAAAUUACUUAUAAAGAACUAAUUACAGCCACUGAUGGUUUCUCCCUCGACAAUUUUCUUGGUGAGGGUCGUUCUGGUCAAGUGUACAAGGGAUGCCUAAGUGGUGAAGCGGUAACAGUUAAGAGAUUUAAAUAUAAGCCUGGAGAGCAAGAAGAUGAAUUCGAGAAGAUUAAAGCCAUUAGUAGUAAUGUCCAUCAUGAAAAUCUUGUUAACCUGAUUGGAUACUGCAAUGAAGGAGCAAAUAGACUGCUUGUUUAUGAGUUUGUUCCCGAGGACAAAACCUAUGGUUCUUAUUUUCGAGGUAUGCCCUUACCUUUGCCACAUCUAGGACAUUUUAUUUGCAAGGCUUUGAGGGAACCGUGUUAUAAACUGGUGUCUGCUAAGGGUAAGGAAAACUUUAAAAUGACAUCUUCGAGUCAGUCAGCCAAAGAGGUUUCAAAACAGAAACGAGAUGCUCAACAAAGAUUCAAAUCGAUCCAUGACUCAGAAUCCUUACAGACUGACACAGGCUCUUUGAUAUGGGUCAAAGCACAAGCUCCGGCACUAAAGGCCAUGUUAUCUACUUGGAAUCCCAGUUAUAGGGUAUUUUCUUUCAAUGAUGUUGACAUGACACCUAUGGUAGAGGAAUAUCAGACAUUGUUGGAGAUCCCUUAUGCAGCCCAGAACAUAUUAUCUCCACCUUGA